GGUUGUCAGUGAGCACGUGUGAUCUCACCAUGGUGUUCUUCUGGAGCUGCUGAAACCUCAAAACGUUCACUUUCUCUUCUCUAAAGCUGGUUUUAGCUGGUAACCCUUUAACAGAUACAUUUCCCUCCAUCUGGACUGUCUCUUCUGGAUUAGCAGUCAUCUCAUUAUCAUCACAAUCUUCGAAACCCUCAUCCAGAUCAUCAUCAUCUAUCGGGUCAUACACCACAUCAUGCUGCGCCUCCUCGUCAUCUUCAUCUUCCACCUCCUCAUUCUGUCUCUCCUGGGGCUCUACAUCUCCUGCCACAUACUCCCUCUCAUCACCUGCAGGCUGCUCUGGCUCAUCAUACUUUCAAUGAACGCCACGAUGAAAUACAUUCUAGUCACGGGAGGUGUGAUCUCCGGGAUUGGGAAAGGCAUUAUCGCCAGCAGCGUCGGGACUAUCCUGAAGUCCUGUGGCCUUCAUGUCACAGCCAUUAAAAUCGACCCCUACAUCAACAUUGACGCCGGGACCUUCUCUCCUUACGAGCAUGGUGAGGUGUUCGUGUUGGACGAUGGAGGAGAGGUGGACCUGGAUCUCGGGAACUACGAGCGCUUCUUGGACAUCCGUCUCACCAAAGACAACAACCUCACCACUGGCAAGAUCUACCAGUCGGUUAUUAACAAAGAGCGACGAGGAGACUAUCUGGGCAAGACGGUGCAGGUGGUGCCACACAUAACCGAUUCCAUUCAGGAGUGGGUGAUGAAGCAAGCCAAGAUCCCUGUGGAUGAUGAUGGCGUGGAGCCUCAAGUGUGCGUUAUUGAGUUGGGUGGAACUGUCGGAGACAUCGAGAGCAUGCCUUUCAUCGAGGCGUUCAGACAGUUCCAGUUUAAAGUGAAGAAGGAAAACUUCUGUAACAUCCAUGUCAGUCUUGUCCCUCAGAUGCCGAAUACUAGUGACAAGCGAGAUGAAGCGAAGCCGAGUGCGACAGGUGAGCAGAAGACCAAACCCACACAGAACAGUGUGAGGGAGCUGAGAGGGCUCGGCCUUUCUCCAGACCUGGUCAUGUGCCGCUGUUGCACUCCUCUCGAUAACUCUGUGAAGGAGAAGAUCUCCAUGUUCUGUCAUGUGGAGCCCGAGCAGGUAAUAUGCGUCCACGAUGUGUCGUCCAUCUACAGAGUGCCACUGCUGCUCGAGGAGCAGGGUGUAGUACACUACUUUUGCCGAAGGCUUGAUCUGCCCAUUGAAGGCAGGCCCAGAAAGAUGCUCGCUAAAUGGAAAGAGAUGGCAGACAGGUCAGACAGACUGUUGGAGCAUUGUUCCAUCGCCCUGGUUGGGAAGUACACAAAGCUCUCCGACUCGUAUGCUUCGGUUAUCAAAGCCCUGGAGCACUCAGCUCUCGCCAUCAGCCAUAAACUAGAGGUUAAAUAUAUUGAUUCUGCAGAUUUGGAGCCGGGUACUCUGCAGGAGGAGCCUGUGAAAUACCAUGAAGCUUGGCAGAAGCUGUGCAGUGCAGAUGGUGUUUUGGUACCAGGAGGUUUUGGAGUCCGAGGAACUGAAGGCAAGAUUCAGGCCAUCAGCUGGGCCCGCAAACAGAAAAAACCUUUUUUAGGUGUGUGCUUGGGAAUGCAGCUUGCAGUUUGUGAAUUCGCCAGGAAUAUGCUGGGCUGGGCAGAUGCGAACUCUACUGAGUUUGACCCCGAAUCAAAACACCCUGUGGUGAUCGAUAUGCCUGAGCACAAUCCAGGACAAAUGGGCGGGACAAUGAGGCUAGGAAAGCGACGGACCAUUUUCAAGAACAAGUCGAGUAUAUUGCGAAAGCUUUAUGGAGAUGCAGAUUAUGUUGAAGAAAGGCACAGACAUCGUUUUGAGGUCAAUCCAGAGCUGAAGCAGCAUUUUGAGGAGAAGGGCUUCAACUUUGUGGGGCAGGAUGUAGAGGGAGAGCGGAUGGAGAUUAUUGAGCUGGAUGAUCAUCCAUACUUCGUGGGCGUGCAGUACCACCCCGAGUUCACAUCCCGGCCAAUAAAGCCCUCCCCACCGUACUUUGGUCUGCUGCUGGCUGCAGCUGGAAAACUGAACAGCUACCUACAGAGAGGUUGCCAGCUCUCGCCACGAGACACGUACAGUGAUCGCAGUGGCAGCAGUUCUCCCGAUUCAGAUAUAGUGGAGUUCAAACUGCCCACCAUCUCCCAGGACUGAUCAAGUUCAAAUUAAAAUCGACUGCAGUAGUUCACAAAGGAAGAAACAUGCAACAAGUGGCUCUUUUUUUUUUUUAAAUCGCCCGUUUUUUCUGAAUGUGGUGUUUCUUGUUACAUUUUUCUGUUAAGCGUUUGGUUUGUGUAAAUGCAUGUUUUAUUUUCAGCUGUACAAGUGUAAUACUGCAUCUUAUUGUCUAAAUUAGUGUUCAGGUUUAUUUGGCUGUAACCUGUAUGGUUUUAACUUGUAUCAAGAAACAGUAGUUGAUAAAAGGUUUGUCAGCUGAAUAACAUUUAACCAUAUUUGUUUAAAAUGUAUUUCAUCAUUGCAAUAAACCCAGGAGCGAAGACGCUGCUUCUGCUUGUAAUCUCAAUCUGAACUGGCCUCCAGCUGUAUAACCUUGUUUAACAUAUUUCCUCUCCUCCACUCUACUCUUUCAGUUCCCACUUCCACCUCCUUUCUCUGAUCUCCCUCCCCUCCCCUCACCCCACUAUUAGAUAUAAAAUGAGAAUAUUGUGAGUAGCUAAAGCAGAUUAGUGUUUCUGCAAUAAAUGGGGGAAUCCAGUAACAUCCUGCUCUAGUUACAGCCCUAUAGUUCAUCAGUCUAAAUUGACCCAAAUGCAUGCCUCGGUAUCACAGAAAUCAAGGACCAUGUGUGGUGUUUUACAUUUAACCAUACUUGCUGCACAUUAAAAAUUCCCACACAUUUCAA